AGCCGUAGGCGUCAGGUGACUGCCCUUGGGCAGAAUCCACGUGAUACAGUGACACUUCGCUUGGCUCGCUCCGGACGUUUAGACAUGGCUGCGGCUCGUCAGUUACCCCGGUUUUGGGAAUGGGGCAAAAACAUCGUUUGCGUUGGAAGGAACUACGCGGAUCACGUUAAGGAGAUGAAGAGCGCCGUCCUGAGCGAGCCAGUGAUCUUCCUGAAACCUUCCACUGCUUAUGCUCCGGAGGGCACCCCGAUCCUCAUGCCCCCUUACAGCCGCAACCUGCACCAUGAACUGGAGCUGGCGGUGGUGAUGGGGAAGCAGACCUGCGCCGUGUCCGAGGCCGAGGCCAUGGACUUCGUGGGUGGCUACGCCCUGUGCCUGGACAUGACUGCCAGGGAUGUGCAGGACGAGUGCAAGAAGAAGGGGCUGCCCUGGACUUUGGCCAAGAGCUUCACUUCCUCGUGCCCAGUCAGCAAGUUCGUGCCCAAAGAGAAGAUCCCGGACCCGCACAAACUUAAGCUCUGGCUGAAGGUCAACGGCCAGCUGAGACAGGAGGGCGAGACGUCCGACAUGAUCUUCUCCAUCCCCUACAUAAUCAGCUACGUCUCCAAGAUAAUAACAUUGGAAGAAGGGGACAUUAUUUUGACGGGGACUCCGAAAGGAGUUGGACCUGUUCAAGAAAAUGAUGAGAUACAGGCUGGAAUAGAUGGGAUUGUCAAUAUGAGCUUUAAGGUUGAAAAAUCAAAGCGUUGAAGUUAUGGCAAUUGGUCUAGUUCCCAAGCUGCCAAAUCACGAUGAACUGAUUCACUUUUUAAUGAAGAUAGGUGGGUAGAUAGGAGGUCACUGAAGAAAUGAGAGCUAUUUGAUUGGUUGUGGAUACCUGCUAAAUCCAAACAUUAAUUGUCCGCAGAAACCUGUUUUUCUGCAAUCUAAAUUACUGUUUCUAGAAAGGACUAAGUUUUUUUCUGUGUGUAUCAUUCCGGGAUUCCUGCUGUACAAAGGCAUUAAAAUAUAAAAGAUUCUGAGAGUUAUACUUGAGAUAGAUCUGUGUAUGAGUUUUUAAAAAUAGCCAUUGAUUGAUGGUUUUUAGAGUUGUCAAGGGAUCUGAAGGAUCAUCCAACCCACCAUUAAUCUCCUACCUUCUUAUUCUUAGCUUGACUUGAUUUAUUGAAGUGCCCUUUGAGAUUGGCAUGAUUUUUGUGGGGACAGUGUUGACACUGAUGCCAUAAAAAUGAUUGUGCUGUGUCAGCUAUCCAUACUUCCUUCUUGAAGUGACCUUGUGACCAACUGAAUGAAUUUGGGGUUGCAACAGAACUUUUAUGAAUAUCAACUUUUUAAUAUCGGCUUCCUUAGUACUAUACUCUUAACUACUAAUUUAGUGAGCCAGUUGUCAUAAUAUCUGUCCUUUUCCAACAGUAAGAGAGAAGCUGAAAUACUUAGAAGAGCUACUUUGCCUGUUUCCUGUUCCAUUCUCUGAAUGUCUGUGGGGAGACGUACUAUAGGGGAGAGGUACAGAUGGCUGGGUUUUAGUUGGUAGUCCCUCAUACUGAGUUUUCAAGCUUCUCCAGUUUGCAAAGAAAAAAAUGUUUUUCAUGUCCUUAAGCAGUAAAAGUUUCUGUAAGAUCACAAAUUUAAAGGCAUUUAUUGGCUGGAUAAAGACCUCAGAAAUCUAGCUUGUGAGUAGUUGCUAAUUAAAAAUCUUUUAGUAUUCCUCUGGUACUUAUUAAUACUUCUGAAAUUGGAAAUGAUUUUAGAGAAAUGCCAUGAAUGAAUGUCAUAUUAAAAUACAUUUUAUUUCAAA